CACACCUGAGUACUACAGUCUUUAGUCGUUGUUUUGCUGCAUACAGUGUGUGUAUCUAUUCACAAAUGGAAAUGAUUCGUAAAAAGAUGGUGGUGGUUGGAGACGGAGCGUGUGGAAAGACGUGUCUCCUGACCGUUUUCUGUAAAGGCAAAUUCCCAGUGGUUUACGUCCCCACUGUUUUCGAAAGCUACGUGGCGGACGUAGAAGUGGACACAAAACAAGUUGAGCUGGCUUUAUGGGACACGGCGGGGCAAGAGGACUACGACCGCUUACGGCCCUUAUCUUACCCGGACACUGACGUUAUUCUCAUGUGCUUUUCAGUGGACAGCCCGGACUCCCUGCAAAACAUCCCCGAAAAGUGGGUACCGGAAGUGAAGCACUUCUGUCCUAAUGUGCCCGUCAUUUUGGUGGCGAAUAAGACAGAUUUGCGAAACGACGAGAUCGUGAGAAGUGAGCUGUGGAGAAAGAAACAGGUGCCCGUGAAAACGAAGGAGGUGCGCACCAUGGCUGCGCGCAUCGGAGCGCAAGCGUACGUGGAGUGCUCCGCCAAAACCAAAGAAGGGAUUCGGGAAGUAUUUGAGACCGCUGCGCGAGCUUCCUUACAGAAGAAAUCCACACCGGUCACUGGUUGUUUAAACUGUUGUUGAUUGAUGUAACGUUAAAUGGCGGAAUCAUAUAUAUAUAUAUAUAUAUAUUGCCCCAAACUAUUUAGGCUACUAUAAAUGAAUGAUUUACA